CCCUAGUUAGGUAUUGUGUUCGUUUGUUCACUCUCUCUCUCUCUCUCUAGCGGCGAAAGCUUUACCAUUUUCGAUUACCAAACAAUAAUCAGAUUCAGCCAUGGCAACUUCAAGAACCGUCAAGGAUGUUUCGCCUCAUGAAUUUGUCAAGGCUUACUCCGCUCAUCUCAAGCGAUCUGGCAAGAUGGAGCUGCCUGAAUGGACUGAUAUUGUGAAAACUGCAAAAUUCAAAGAAUUGGCUCCCUAUGAUUCCGAUUGGUAUUACAUUAGAGCUGCUUCAAUGGCUAGGAAGAUCUACAUUAGAGGGGGUCUUGGUGUUGGUGCAUUUCAGAGGAUUUAUGGUGGGAGCCAGAGGAAUGGAAGUCGUCCUCCCCAUUUUUGCAAGAGUAGUGGUGCUAUUGCUCGUCACAUUCUUCAACAGUUGCAGAACUUGAACCUCAUCGAAAUGGACACCAAGGGUGGCAGGAAAAUUACAUCCAGUGGCAGGCGGGAUCUCGACCAAGUUGCUGGACGCAUUGUAGUUGCACCUUGAUUUGUAAGCCAAAGCCAGUGUUACUUGGAGAGAAGUUCUGAUGCCGGUUUAUGCCAAAAAUUUUGGUUUUAGCUACUUAAUAUCUCCUAAGUUUGUUUUAGCUACUUAAUAUCUUCUAAGUUUGAACAUGAAAUGCUGCUUUAGUUAUUUAGAUUAUAUUUUCCUACAUUGAAUUUCCAGUAAAGAGUUUUCAAUCUUCACUUUGGACAUUAUUGAUCAUUGAUUGUCAACCUAUGAAAUUGAAAGUUUUGAUUAUA